CCUUCUACCUCUCUGCUGAACGCAACUGUCCUGGGUCUAUCACACAGACCUGAAGACCUCUUUGGAGACCACCUGUGCCAUUUCUGCAACAAUUGGAAAUCAAUAACCUCAGGCAGGUGGAUCUUGCAGAUAUUACACAGCGGAUAUGCCAUAGAAUUAGAGACCCUCUUAUAGCCUCACCCUUAGAAUGUUCAUGCAUGGCAAGGGGAGAGGCGGGAGGCGUGUGUGAUUGCUCCACCAGGCAUUGCUAGUUAGUUCCACCAUCUAAGCUGCACCCGGCUGGCGCAUCCUAUGUGUGGUCAUAUGCAGAGGACACUCAAAGAGGAACUUACUUAUGUCUCUUCUUAUACCUGCUCUCAUCAGAUGUCACACAGGCUGAGGUGUGACUGAAAGCAAGGGCUGCCCUUUACCUGCUCACCCACUAUUGUGCCCUUUCCUCUCCCUUAUGAGCUUAUCCUUCCAUUUCCCCUCACUGAAACUAGUUCGCAGAAAUUCUUACUAGCAUUUAUACUGCUUUUGUGGUUCUCCUUUCAUUUUACUGCCCUUUUGGAAUGAGGUUCUCUUCUUCCUGUCUGUUGCAGAAUCACUCUGCCUAGCCAACCCCCUCUAUGCACACAGUUCCCCUCUAUAAAGUGUUUUUCUCUCUUUUCUCUAAUUUCUUUUUCUUUCUCUUUUUCUUUCUCUUUCAUUUUCUUUCAUUCUCUUUUUUUCUGUCUUUCGUUUUCUUUCGUUCUUUCUCUUUCUUUUUCGUUCUUUCAACACUGUACUGUGUACUCAGUAUAAAAAUAAGUUGUAUAGCUAAACUCAGGGCUGGUCUCAGCAGGCUCUACUAAGGGUGUUAUUAUCAGCCUCCCACUGGCUAUGAGGAGAGCGAAGCUUUGGCUGAAUCAGAGGCCUCUUUCCCUUUCUCCCCCAAACCUUUAUAGGCAUAGCUGUGGUUAUAUACAACCCCUAUUACUGACAAUGGGAAUCCAUUUCAUGGCCCAUUUUGUGUAUUGUACUGCCAUCAUGUGGUCAUGUGUAGUUAAUCGCUCUCAUCUGCAUCAUCACUUCUCUUUUUUUUUUUAGUUUAUUACACGCCGUUUCUGUCCUUUGGACAACAGGAAUUUGUUGGUCUUUGAACAUUUAAAUUGCUUUUCUAGGAAAAGAAUGCAGUGACCAAGGAAGUUUUUAAAUGAGCUCAGGACUUUUGCAGAGACAUGGUUCUGGUAAUAAAGCUGCUACUCCUCACCUGCCUCUGGUCAACAGCUGUGCUAACCAGUGUCAGUUCUCAGAGUGAUCAUCAUCGUUUUCAUCAUCAUCAUCAUCAGAAAUGCUCAUCCAUGAAGAAGUAUAACAGCAAAAGAGAGAUUAAAACGAGGAAAUUAGACAGCACCAAAGCACGCCCACUAAAGGCCGAGCAGCUUCUCCACAUAGACAACCAUGACUUUGCAAUGAGACCUGGAUUUGGAGGAUCACCGAUACCAGUGGGCAUUGAUGUGCACGUGGAAAGUAUUGACAGCAUUUCAGAAGUUGACAUGGACUUCACGAUGACCUUAUACCUCAGACAUUACUGGAAGGAUGAGAGGCUUUCAUUUCCUAGUACCAAAAACAGAAGCAUGACCUUUGAUGGAAGACUGAUCAAAAAGAUUUGGGUACCUGAUGUAUUUUUUGUCCAUUCCAAAAGAUCUUUCAUCCAUGAUACAACUAUGGAGAAUAUAAUGCUCCGAGUGUACCCUGAUGGCAAUGUACUCUUCAGCCUAAGGAUUACAGUUUCUUCCAUGUGUUUUAUGGAUUUCAGCCGAUUCCCUCUGGACACUCAGAACUGCUCUUUAGAACUGGAAAGUUAUGCUUAUAAUGAAGAUGAUCUAAUGCUGUACUGGAAACAUGGGAAUGAGUCACUGAGCACGGAUGAGCACAUCUCCCUUUCCCAGUUCUUCAUUGAAGAGUUCAGUGCUUCUAGUGGACUAGCUUUCUACAGCAGUACUGGUUGGUACAACCGCCUUUUUAUAAACUUCGCCCUAAGAAGGCAUAUUUUCUUUUUUGUGUUACAAUCCUAUUUCCCAGCUAUGCUGAUGGUGAUGCUGUCCUGGGUUUCAUUUUGGAUUGACAGAAGAGCUGUUCCUGCCAGGGUAUCACUGGGCAUAACUACUGUGCUGACCAUGUCAACCAUAAUCACAGGAGUAAGUGCCUCAAUGCCUCAGGUGUCUUACAUAAAAGCUGUGGAUGUAUACUUAUGGAUCAGUUUUCUUUUUGUCUUCCUGUCUGUCAUCGAAUACGCAGCUGUGAAUUAUCUCACCACAGCAGAAGAGAGAAAACAACUCAAAAAAAGAGGGAAGGUUUCAGGAAUGUAUAACAUUGAUGCAGUACAAGCAAUGGCCUUUGAUGGCUGUUAUCAUGACAAUGAGGCUGACAUUGAUAUGACCACCUUUGCGGUCCACUCUGAAGAGAGCUCAGCCCGGGGACGGGCAGCCAGCAUCCCCAACCUGGAUGCAACCCGCAUAAAAAGGAAGAGAUCCUUGAAAGGAAAUGUGGGCAGGAUUAUUUUGCAGAACAAUCACAUCAUUGACACGUAUUCCAGGAUUAUAUUUCCCACUGUGUAUAUUUUAUUCAACUUUUUUUACUGGGGUUUGUAUGUAUGAAAGGAAAACACUAUAAUCUAUGCACUAUUUUGCAUGUAAGGAUCGCAGAAUCUGUGUUUUUUAAAAAACCAACAGCAAUAGAAGAAAUGUUUAAAAGUUUCUGAAAUUGAGUCAGACAUCGGU